AUGAUUUUUACCGACGAGGUGGCCACGAGAGAAGCCUUUGAAGUACAGCCUGCGAAGCAAACUUUGUGGCAAACUCAGUCAGUGCCUUUGGAAUUUCAAGAAAACACUACUCACUCUGCAGAGAGAAUGUCAGUUUAUGAGAUUUGUGAGCAAGUUACCUCCUUGCCGUAUUACGAUGAUGAGUACAAUCAUCCUGAUGUUGCUGAGGCGGUUGAUGCUUUAAUCACCGCGGAAAUGGCAACUUUUGCUCCAAGUUCAAACUAUCUCGCUUACUUACCUUCAAUCAACAAUUUGGGACAGAACAUAACUGAGUUGCUUGCUAAUGAACUGUCUAGAAUAGAACAAGGGAUUCCUCAAGAAACCUUUGAUUUUGGUCGUUACAAAACAGUUAAGUUAGAAAAAAAUAGAAAUAUAGAAGCUAUCAAGAAAAAUAUUACACUAACAGAGAUUUUUUAUGAACACAAGUUGAAUAAAGUUCUUAAUCUUGAGCUUCUAUUACGUUUCGGAAAAGCUUCGUGGUUAUCUUACAUUGGCCAACUCGAAGAGAUUUCACAGGGGCUUAGCUCUAAAUUAGAGUCCCUUCAAGAGGAAAUCCGUUUAGUAAAUUUAGCUAGAAUGGAGGAGCAAACAAGAGCUGGUGCUAAAAUGAAAGAGUUAGAGGAGGAGUGGGGAGAUCUCCUCUCUAAAAAUUUAGAAAUUAAACAGGAAUGCAGUUCACUUGAAGAGGAAGUCGAGUUUUUAAAGCAGCAAGCGUCUGAAAGGGGCAUCGACCUGUCCGGGCUAUAGCAAGUUCCAUUUAGGACCGUGCUUUUAUGUUUUACGCUUUUGAUUCCUUUAUUUACAUUUAAAUUGUAUAGUAGGACUUAUAAAUUUAUAGGGCUUUUUAGAAAA